AUGUCCCCGCUUACUUCCUUCCUUCUCCUCUCACCUGCGCUCUGCUCGUCAUCGUCUCGCCUCACCCUUUCCUCACCCUUUGUACUCUCCUUACGCUCUGCUCGUCAUCGUCUCGCCUCCCCCUUUGUACUCUCCUUAUGCUCUGCUCGUCAUCGUCUCGCCUCCCCCUUUGUACUCUCCUUACGCUCUGCUCGUCAUCGUCUCGCCUCCCCCUUUGUACUCUCCUUACGCUCUGCUCGUCAUCGUCUCGCCUCACCCUUUGUACUCUCCUUACGCUCUGCUCGUCAUCGUCUCGCCUCCCCCUUUGUACUCUCCUUACGCUCUGCUCGUCAUCGUCUCGCCUCACCCUUUGUACUCUCCUUACGCUCUGCUCGUCAUCGUCUCGCCUCCCCCUUUGUACUCUCCUUACGCUCUGCUCGUCAUCGUCUCGCCUCCCCCUUUGUACUCUCCUUACGCUCUGCUCGUCAUCGUCUCGCCUCACCCUUUGUACUCUCCUUACGCUCUGCUCGUCAUCGUCUCGCCUCACCCUUUGUAAUCUCCUUACGCUCUGCUCGUCAUCGUCUCGCCUCCCCCUUUGUACUCUCCUUACGCUCUGCUCGUCAUCGUCUCGCCUCACCCUUUGUACUCUCCUUACGCUCUGCUCGUCAUCGUCUCGCCUCCCCCUUUGUACUCUCCUUACGCUCUGCUCGUCAUCGUCUCGCCUCCCCCUUUGUACUCUCCUUACGCUCUGCUCGUCAUCGUCUCGCCUCACCCUUUGUACUCUCCUUACGCUCUGCUCGUCAUCGUCUCGCCUCCCCCUUUGUACUCUCCUUACGCUCUGCUCGUCAUCGUCUCGCCUCACCCUUUGUACUCUCCUUACGCUCUGCUCGUCAUCGUCUCGCCUCCCCCUUUGUACUCUCCUUACGCUCUGCUCGUCAUCGUCUCGCCUCACCCUUUGUACUCUCCUUACGCUCUGCUCGUCAUCGUCUCGCCUCCCCCUUUGUACUCUCCUUACGCUCUGCUCGUCAUCGUCUCGCCUCACCCUUUGUACUCUCCUUACGCUCUGCUCGUCAUCGUCUCGCCUCACCCUUUGUACUCUCCUUACGCUCUGCUCGUCAUCGUCUCGCCUACCCCUUUGUACUCUCCUUACGCUCUGCUCGUCAUCGUCUCGCCUCACCCUUUGUACUCUCCUUACGCUCUGCUCGUCAUCGUCUCGCCUCACCCUUUGUACUCUCCUUACGCUCUGCUCGUCAUCGUCUCGCCUCCCCCUUUGUACUCUCCUUACGCUCUGCUCGUCAUCGUCUCGCCUCACCCUUUGUACUCUCCUUACGCUCUGCUCGUCAUCGUCUCGCCUCCCCCUUUGUACUCUCCUUACGCUCUGCUCGUCAUCGUCUCGCCUCCCCCUUUGUACUCUCCUUACGCUCUGCUCGUCAUCGUCUCGCCUCACCCUUUGUACUCUCCUUACGCUCUGCUCGUCAUCGUCUCGCCUCACCCUUUGUACUCUCCUUACGCUCUGCUCGUCAUCGUCUCGCCUCCCCCUUUGUACUCUCCUUACGCUCUGCUCGUCAUCGUCUCGCCUCACCCUUUGUACUCUCCUUACGCUCUGCUCGUCAUCGUCUCGCCUCCCCCUUUGUACUCUCCUUACGCUCUGCUCGUCAUCGUCUCGCCUCACCCUUUGUACUCUCCUUACGCUCUGCUCGUCAUCGUCUCGCCUCACCCUUUGUACUCUCCUUACGCUCUGCUCGUCAUCGUCUCGCCUCCCCCUUUGUACUCUCCUUACGCUCUGCUCGUCAUCGUCUCGCCUCCCCCUUUGUACUCUCCUUACGCUCUGCUCGUCAUCGUCUCGCCUCACCCUUUGUACUCUCCUUACGCUCUGCUCGUCAUCGUCUCGCCUCCCCCUUUGUACUCUCCUUACGCUCUGCUCGUCAUCGUCUCGCCUCCCCCUUUGUACUCUCCUUACGCUCUGCUCGUCAUCGUCUCGCCUCACCCUUUGUACUCUCCUUACGCUCUGCUCGUCAUCGUCUCGCCUCCCCCUUUGUACUCUCCUUACGCUCUGCUCGUCAUCGUCUCGCCUCACCCUUUGUACUCUCCUUACGCUCUGCUCGUCAUCGUCUCGCCUCACCCUUUGUACUCUCCUUACGCUCUGCUCGUCAUCGUCUCGCCUCCCCCUUUGUACUCUCCUUACGCUCUGCUCGUCAUCGUCUCGCCUCACCCUUUGUACUCUCCUUACGCUCUGCUCGUCAUCGUCUCGCCUCCCCCUUUGUACUCUCCUUACGCUCUGCUCGUCAUCGUCUCGCCUCACCCUUUGUACUCUCCUUACGCUCUGCUCGUCAUCGUCUCGCCUCACCCUUUGUACUCUCCUUACGCUCUGCUCGUCAUCGUCUCGCCUCCCCCUUUGUACUCUCCUUACGCUCUGCUCGUCAUCGUCUCGCCUCCCCCUUUGUACUCUCCUUACGCUCUGCUCGUCAUCGUCUCGCCUCCCCCUUUGUACUCUCCUUACGCUCUGCUCGUCAUCGUCUCGCCUCCCCCUUUGUACUCUCCUUACGCUCUGCUCGUCAUCGUCUCGCCUCACCCUUUGUACUCUCCUUACGCUCUGCUCGUCAUCGUCUCGCCUCACCCUUUGUACUCUCCUUACGCUCUGCUCGUCAUCGUCUCGCCUCACCCUUUGUAAUCUCCUUACGCUCUGCUCGUCAUCGUCUCGCCUCCCCCUUUGUACUCUCCUUACGCUCUGCUCGUCAUCGUCUCGCCUCACCCUUUGUACUCUCCUUACGCUCUGCUCGUCAUCGUCUCGCCUCCCCCUUUGUACUCUCCUUACGCUCUGCUCGUCAUCGUCUCGCCUCCCCCUUUGUACUCUCCUUACGCUCUGCUCGUCAUCGUCUCGCCUCACCCUUUGUACUCUCCUUACGCUCUGCUCGUCAUCGUCUCGCCUCCCCUUUGUACUCUCCUUACGCUCUGCUCGUCAUCGUCUCGCCUCACCCUUUGUACUCUCCUUACGCUCUGCUCGUCAUCGUCUCGCCUCCCCCUUUGUACUCUCCUUACGCUCUGCUCGUCAUCGUCUCGCCUCACCCUUUGUACUCUCCUUACGCUCUGCUCGUCAUCGUCUCGCCUCCCCCUUUGUACUCUCCUUACGCUCUGCUCGUCAUCGUCUCGCCUCACCCUUUGUACUCUCCUUACGCUCUGCUCGUCAUCGUCUCGCCUCACCCUUUGUACUCUCCUUACGCUCUGCUCGUCAUCGUCUCGCCUACCCCUUUGUACUCUCCUUACGCUCUGCUCGUCAUCGUCUCGCCUCACCCUUUGUACUCUCCUUACGCUCUGCUCGUCAUCGUCUCGCCUCACCCUUUGUACUCUCCUUACGCUCUGCUCGUCAUCGUCUCGCCUCCCCCUUUGUACUCUCCUUACGCUCUGCUCGUCAUCGUCUCGCCUCACCCUUUGUACUCUCCUUACGCUCUGCUCGUCAUCGUCUCGCCUCCCCCUUUGUACUCUCCUUACGCUCUGCUCGUCAUCGUCUCGCCUCCCCCUUUGUACUCUCCUUACGCUCUGCUCGUCAUCGUCUCGCCUCACCCUUUGUACUCUCCUUACGCUCUGCUCGUCAUCGUCUCGCCUCACCCUUUGUACUCUCCUUACGCUCUGCUCGUCAUCGUCUCGCCUCCCCCUUUGUACUCUCCUUACGCUCUGCUCGUCAUCGUCUCGCCUCACCCUUUGUACUCUCCUUACGCUCUGCUCGUCAUCGUCUCGCCUCCCCCUUUGUACUCUCCUUACGCUCUGCUCGUCAUCGUCUCGCCUCACCCUUUGUACUCUCCUUACGCUCUGCUCGUCAUCGUCUCGCCUCACCCUUUGUACUCUCCUUACGCUCUGCUCGUCAUCGUCUCGCCUCCCCCUUUGUACUCUCCUUACGCUCUGCUCGUCAUCGUCUCGCCUCCCCCUUUGUACUCUCCUUACGCUCUGCUCGUCAUCGUCUCGCCUCACCCUUUGUACUCUCCUUACGCUCUGCUCGUCAUCGUCUCGCCUCCCCCUUUGUACUCUCCUUACGCUCUGCUCGUCAUCGUCUCGCCUCCCCCUUUGUACUCUCCUUACGCUCUGCUCGUCAUCGUCUCGCCUCACCCUUUGUACUCUCCUUACGCUCUGCUCGUCAUCGUCUCGCCUCCCCCUUUGUACUCUCCUUACGCUCUGCUCGUCAUCGUCUCGCCUCACCCUUUGUACUCUCCUUACGCUCUGCUCGUCAUCGUCUCGCCUCACCCUUUGUACUCUCCUUACGCUCUGCUCGUCAUCGUCUCGCCUCCCCCUUUGUACUCUCCUUACGCUCUGCUCGUCAUCGUCUCGCCUCCCCCUUUGUACUCUCCUUACGCUCUGCUCGUCAUCGUCUCGCCUCACCCUUUGUACUCUCCUUACGCUCUGCUCGUCAUCGUCUCGCCUCACCCUUUGUACUCUCCUUACGCUCUGCUCGUCAUCGUCUCGCCUCCCCCUUUGUACUCUCCUUACGCUCUGCUCGUCAUCGUCUCGCCUCACCCUUUGUACUCUCCUUACGCUCUGCUCGUCAUCGUCUCGCCUCCCCCUUUGUACUCUCCUUACGCUCUGCUCGUCAUCGUCUCGCCUCACCCUUUGUACUCUCCUUACGCUCUGCUCGUCAUCGUCUCGCCUCCCCCUUUGUACUCUCCUUACGCUCUGCUCGUCAUCGUCUCGCCUCACCCUUUGUACUCUCCUUACGCUCUGCUCGUCAUCGUCUCGCCUCCCCCUUUGUACUCUCCUUACGCUCUGCUCGUCAUCGUCUCGCCUCCCCCUUUGUACUCUCCUUACGCUCUGCUCGUCAUCGUCUCGCCUCACCCUUUGUACUCUCCUUACGCUCUGCUCGUCAUCGUCUCGCCUCCCCCUUUGUACUCUCCUUACGCUCUGCUCGUCAUCGUCUCGCCUCACCCUUUGUACUCUCCUUACGCUCUGCUCGUCAUCGUCUCGCCUCACCCUUUGUACUCUCCUUACGCUCUGCUCGUCAUCGUCUCGCCUCCCCCUUUGUACUCUCCUUACGCUCUGCUCGUCAUCGUCUCGCCUCACCCUUUGUACUCUCCUUACGCUCUGCUCGUCAUCGUCUCGCCUCCCCCUUUGUACUCUCCUUACGCUCUGCUCGUCAUCGUCUCGCCUCCCCCUUUGUACUCUCCUUACGCUCUGCUCGUCAUCGUCUCGCCUCACCCUUUGUACUCUCCUUACGCUCUGCUCGUCAUCGUCUCGCCUCACCCUUUGUACUCUCCUUACGCUCUGCUCGUCAUCGUCUCGCCUCCCCCUUUGUACUCUCCUUACGCUCUGCUCCCUCACCCUUUGUACUCUCCUUACGCUCUGCUCGUCAUCGUCUCGCCUCCCCCUUUGUACUCUCCUUAUGCUCUGCUCGUCAUCGUCUCGCCUCCCCCUUUGUACUCUCCUUACGCUCUGCUCGUCAUCGUCUCGCCUCCCCCUUUGUACUCUCCUUACGCUCUGCUCGUCAUCGUCUCGCCUCACCCUUUGUACUCUCCUUACGCUCUGCUCGUCAUCGUCUCGCCUCCCCCUUUGUACUCUCCUUACGCUCUGCUCGUCAUCGUCUCGCCUCACCCUUUGUACUCUCCUUACGCUCUGCUCGUCAUCGUCUCGCCUCCCCCUUUGUACUCUCCUUACGCUCUGCUCGUCAUCGUCUCGCCUCACCCUUUGUACUCUCCUUACGCUCUGCUCGUCAUCGUCUCGCCUCACCCUUUGUACUCUCCUUACGCUCUGCUCGUCAUCGUCUCGCCUCACCCUUUGAACUCUCCUUACGCUCUGCUCGUCAUCGUCUCGCCUCCCCCUUUGUACUCUCCUUACGCUCUGCUCGUCAUCGUCUCGCCUCCCCCUUUGUACUCUCCUUACGCUCUGCUCGUCAUCGUCUCGCCUCACCCUUUGUACUCUCCUUACGCUCUGCUCGUCAUCGUCUCGCCUCCCCCUUUGUACUCUCCUUACGCUCUGCUCGUCAUCGUCUCGCCUCACCCUUUGUACUCUCCUUACGCUCUGCUCGUCAUCGUCUCGCCUCCCCCUUUGUACUCUCCUUACGCUCUGCUCGUCAUCGUCUCGCCUCCCCCUUUGUACUCUCCUUACGCUCUGCUCGUCAUCGUCUCGCCUCACCCUUGGUACUCUCCUUACGCUCUGCUCGUCAUCGUCUCGCCUCCCCCUUUGUACUCUCCUUACGCUCUGCUCGUCAUCGUCUCGCCUCCCCCUUUGUACUCUCCUUACGCUCUGCUCGUCAUCGUCUCGCCUCCCCCUUUGUACUCUCCUUACGCUCUGCUCGUCAUCGUCUCGCCUCACCCUUUGUACUCUCCUUACGCUCUGCUCGUCAUCGUCUCGCCUCACCCUUUGUACUCUCCUUACGCUCUGCUCGUCAUCGUCUCGCCUCCCCCUUUGUACUCUCCUUACGCUCUGCUCGUCAUCGUCUCGCCUCACCCUUUGUACUCUCCUUACGCUCUGCUCGUCAUCGUCUCGCCUCCCCCUUUGUACUCUCCUUACGCUCUGCUCGUCAUCGUCUCGCCUCACCCUUUGUACUCUCCUUACGCUCUGCUCGUCAUCGUCUCGCCUCACCCUUUGUACUCUCCUUACGCUCUGCUCGUCAUCGUCUCGCCUCCCCCUUUGUACUCUCCUUACGCUCUGCUCGUCAUCGUCUCGCCUCCCCCUUUGUACUCUCCUUACGCUCUGCUCGUCAUCGUCUCGCCUCCCCCUUUGUACUCUCCUUACGCUCUGCUCGUCAUCGUCUCGCCUCACCCUUUGUACUCUCCUUACGCUCUGCUCGUCAUCGUCUCGCCUCCCCCUUUGUACUCUCCUUACGCUCUGCUCGUCAUCGUCUCGCCUCCCCCUUUGUACUCUCCUUACGCUCUGCUCGUCAUCGUCUCGCCUCCCCCUUUGUACUCUCCUUACGCUCUGCUCGUCAUCGUCUCGCCUCACCCUUUGUACUCUCCUUACGCUCUGCUCGUCAUCGUCUCGCCUCACCCUUUGUACUCUCCUUACGCUCUGCUCGUCAUCGUCUCGCCUCCCCCUUUGUACUCUCCUUACGCUCUGCUCGUCAUCGUCUCGCCUCCCCCUUUGUACUCUCCUUACGCUCUGCUCGUCAUCGUCUCGCCUCCCCCUUUGUACUCUCCUUACGCUCUGCUCGUCAUCGUCUCGCCUCACCCUUUGUACUCUCCUUACGCUCUGCUCGUCAUCGUCUCGCCUCCCCCUUUGUACUCUCCUUACGCUCUGCUCGUCAUCGUCUCGCCUCCCCCUUUGUACUCUCCUUACGCUCUGCUCGUCAUCGUCUCGCCUCCCCCUUUGUACUCUCCUUACGCUCUGCUCGUCAUCGUCUCGCCUCACCCUUUGUACUCUCCUUACGCUCUGCUCGUCAUCGUCUUGCCUCCCCCUUUGUACUCUCCUUACGCUCUGCUCGUCAUCGUCUCGCCUCCCCCUUUGUACUCUCCUUACGCUCUGCUCGUCAUCGUCUCGCCUCACCCUUUGUACUCUCCUUACGCUCUGCUCGUCAUCGUCUCGCCUCCCCCUUUGUACUCUCCUUACGCUCUGCUCGUCAUCGUCUCGCCUCCCCCUUUGUACUCUCCUUACGCUCUGCUCGUCAUCGUCUCGCCUCACCCUUUGUACUCUCCUUACGCUCUGCUCGUCAUCGUCUCGCCUCACCCUUUGUACUCUCCUUACGCUCUGCUCGUCAUCGUCUCGCCUCACCCUUUGUACUCUCCUUACGCUCUGCUCGUCAUCGUCUCGCCUCCCCCUUUGUACUCUCCUUACGCUCUGCUCGUCAUCGUCUCGCCUCACCCUUUGUACUCUCCUUACGCUCUGCUCGUCAUCGUCUCGCCUCACCCUUUGUACUCUCCUUACGCUCUGCUCGUCAUCGUCUCGCCUCCCCCUUUGUACUCUCCUUACGCUCUGCUCGUCAUCGUCUCGCCUCCCCCCUUUGUACUCUCCUUACGCUCUGCUCGUCAUCGUCUCGCCUCCCCCUUUGUACUCUCCUUACGCUCUGCUCGUCAUCGUCUCGCCUCACCCUUUGUACUCUCCUUACGCUCUGCUCGUCAUCGUCUCGCCUCACCCUUUGUACUCUCCUUACGCUCUGCUCGUCAUCGUCUCGCCUCCCCCUUUGUACUCUCCUUACGCUCUGCUCGUCAUCGUCUCGCCUCCCCCUUUGUACUCUCCUUACGCUCUGCUCGUCAUCGUCUCGCCUCCCCCUUUGUACUCUCCUUACGCUCUGCUCGUCAUCGUCUCGCCUCCCCCUUUGUACUCUCCUUACGCUCUGCUCGUCAUCGUCUCGCCUCACCCUUUGUACUCUCCUUACGCUCUGCUCGUCAUCGUCUCGCCUCCCCCUUUGUACUCUCCUUACGCUCUGCUCGUCAUCGUCUCGCCUCACCCUUUGUACUCUCCUUACGCUCUGCUCGUCAUCGUCUCGCCUCCCCCUUUGUACUCUCCUUACGCUCUGCUCGUCAUCGUCUCGCCUCACCCUUUGUACUCUCCUUACGCUCUGCUCGUCAUCGUCUCGCCUCACCCUUUGUACUCUCCUUACGCUCUGCUCGUCAUCGUCUCGCCUCCCCCUUUGUACUCUCCUUACGCUCUGCUCGUCAUCGUCUCGCCUCCCCCUUUGUACUCUCCUUACGCUCUGCUCGUCAUCGUCUCGCCUCACCCUUUGUACUCUCCUUACGCUCUGCUCGUCAUCGUCUCGCCUCCCCCUUUGUACUCUCCUUACGCUCUGCUCGUCAUCGUCUCGCCUCCCCCUUUGUACUCUCCUUACGCUCUGCUCGUCAUCGUCUCGCCUCCCCCUUUGUACUCUCCUUACGCUCUGCUCGUCAUCGUCUCGCCUCACCCUUUGUACUCUCCUUACGCUCUGCUCGUCAUCGUCUCGCCUCACCCUUUGUACUCUCCUUACGCUCUGCUCGUCAUCGUCUCGCCUCCCCCUUUGUACUCUCCUUACGCUCUGCUCGUCAUCGUCUCGCCUCACCCUUUGAACUCUCCUUACGCUCUGCUCGUCAUCGUCUCGCCUCCCCCUUUGUACUCUCCUUACGCUCUGCUCGUCAUCGUCUCGCCUCCCCCUUUGUACUCUCCUUACGCUCUGCUCGUCAUCGUCUCGCCUCACCCUUUGUACUCUCCUUACGCUCUGCUCGUCAUCGUCUCGCCUCCCCCUUUGUACUCUCCUUACGCUCUGCUCGUCAUCGUCUCGCCUCACCCUUUGUACUCUCCUUACGCUCUGCUCGUCAUCGUCUCGCCUCACCCUUUGUACUCUCCUUACGCUCUGCUCGUCAUCGUCUCGCCUCCCCCUUUGUACUCUCCUUACGCUCUGCUCGUCAUCGUCUCGCCUCACCCUUUGUACUCUCCUUACGCUCUGCUCGUCAUCGUCUCGCCUCCCCCUUUGUACUCUCCUUACGCUCUGCUCGUCAUCGUCUCGCCUCACCCUUUGUACUCUCCUUACGCUCUGCUCGUCAUCGUCUCGCCUCCCCCUUUGUACUCUCCUUACGCUCUGCUCGUCAUCGUCUCGCCUCCCCCUUUGUACUCUCCUUACGCUCUGCUCGUCAUCGUCUCGCCUCCCCCUUUGUACUCUCCUUACGCUCCGCUCGUCAUCGUCUCGCCUCACCCUUUGUACUCUCCUUACGCUCUGCUCGUCAUCGUCUCGCCUCACCCUUUGUACUCUCCUUACGCUCUGCUCGUCAUCGUCUCGCCUCCCCCUUUGUACUCUCCUUACGCUCUGCUCGUCAUCGUCUCGCCUCACCCUUUGUACUCUCCUUACGCUCUGCUCGUCAUCGUCUCGCCUCCCCCUUUGUACUCUCCUUACGCUCUGCUCGUCAUCGUCUCGCCUCACCCUUUGUACUCUCCUUACGCUCUGCUCGUCAUCGUCUCGCCUCCCCCUUUGUACUCUCCUUACGCUCUGCUCGUCAUCGUCUCGCCUCACCCUUUGUACUCUCCUUACGCUCUGCUCGUCAUCGUCUCGCCUCCCCCUUUGUACUCUCCUUACGCUCUGCUCGUCAUCGUCUCGCCUCCCCCUUUGUACUCUCCUUACGCUCUGCUCGUCAUCGUCUCGCCUCACCCUUUGUACUCUCCUUACGCUCUGCUCGUCAUCGUCUCGCCUCCCCCUUUGUACUCUCCUUACGCUCUGCUCGUCAUCGUCUCGCCUCACCCUUUGUACUCUCCUUACGCUCUGCUCGUCAUCGUCUCGCCUCCCCCUUUGUACUCUCCUUACGCUCUGCUCGUCAUCGUCUCGCCUCACCCUUUGUACUCUCCUUACGCUCUGCUCGUCAUCGUCUCGCCUCACCCUUUGUACUCUCCUUACGCUCUGCUCGUCAUCGUCUCGCCUCCCCCUUUGUACUCUCCUUACGCUCUGCUCGUCAUCGUCUCGCCUCACCCUUUGUACUCUCCUUACGCUCUGCUCGUCAUCGUCUCGCCUCCCCCUUUGUACUCUCCUUACGCUCUGCUCGUCAUCGUCUCGCCUCACCCUUUGUACUCUCCUUACGCUCUGCUCGUCAUCGUCUCGCCUCCCCCUUUGUACUCUCCUUACGCUCUGCUCGUCAUCGUCUCGCCUCACCCUUUGUACUCUCCUUACGCUCUGCUCGUCAUCGUCUCGCCUCCCCCUUUGUACUCUCCUUACGCUCUGCUCGUCAUCGUCUCGCCUCACCCUUUGUACUCUCCUUACGCUCUGCUCGUCAUCGUCUCGCCUCACCCUUUGUACUCUCCUUACGCUCUGCUCGUCAUCGUCUCGCCUCCCCCUUUGUACUCUCCUUACGCUCUGCUCGUCAUCGUCUCGCCUCACCCUUUGAACUCUCCUUACGCUCUGCUCGUCAUCGUCUCGCCUCCCCCUUUGUACUCUCCUUACGCUCUGCUCGUCAUCGUCUCGCCUCCCCCUUUGUACUCUCCUUACGCUCUGCUCGUCAUCGUCUCGCCUCACCCUUUGUACUCUCCUUACGCUCUGCUCGUCAUCGUCUCGCCUCCCCCUUUGUACUCUCCUUACGCUCUGCUCGUCAUCGUCUCGCCUCACCCUUUGUACUCUCCUUACGCUCUGCUCGUCAUCGUCUCGCCUCCCCCUUUGUACUCUCCUUACGCUCUGCUCGUCAUCGUCUCGCCUCCCCCUUUGUACUCUCCUUACGCUCUGCUCGUCAUCGUCUCGCCUCACCCUUUGUACUCUCCUUACGCUCUGCUCGUCAUCGUCUCGCCUCCCCCUUUGUACUCUCCUUACGCUCUGCUCGUCAUCGUCUCGCCUCCCCCUUUGUACUCUCCUUACGCUCUGCUCGUCAUCGUCUCGCCUCCCCCUUUGUACUCUCCUUACGCUCUGCUCGUCAUCGUCUCGCCUCACCCUUUGUACUCUCCUUACGCUCUGCUCGUCAUCGUCUCGCCUCACCCUUUGUACUCUCCUUACGCUCUGCUCGUCAUCGUCUCGCCUCCCCCUUUGUACUCUCCUUACGCUCUGCUCGUCAUCGUCUCGCCUCACCCUUUGUACUCUCCUUACGCUCUGCUCGUCAUCGUCUCGCCUCCCCCUUUGUACUCUCCUUACGCUCUGCUCGUCAUCGUCUCGCCUCACCCUUUGUACUCUCCUUACGCUCUGCUCGUCAUCGUCUCGCCUCACCCUUUGUACUCUCCUUACGCUCUGCUCGUCAUCGUCUCGCCUCCCCCUUUGUACUCUCCUUACGCUCUGCUCGUCAUCGUCUCGCCUCCCCCUUUGUACUCUCCUUACGCUCUGCUCGUCAUCGUCUCGCCUCCCCCUUUGUACUCUCCUUACGCUCUGCUCGUCAUCGUCUCGCCUCACCCUUUGUACUCUCCUUACGCUCUGCUCGUCAUCGUCUCGCCUCCCCCUUUGUACUCUCCUUACGCUCUGCUCGUCAUCGUCUCGCCUCACCCUUUGUACUCUCCUUACGCUCUGCUCGUCAUCGUCUCGCCUCACCCUUUGUACUCUCCUUACGCUCUGCUCGUCAUCGUCUCGCCUCCCCCUUUGUACUCUCCUUACGCUCUGCUCGUCAUCGUCUCGCCUCACCCUUUGUACUCUCCUUACGCUCUGCUCGUCAUCGUCUCGCCUCCCCCUUUGUACUCUCCUUACGCUCUGCUCGUCAUCGUCUCGCCUCCCCCUUUGUACUCUCCUUACGCUCUGCUCGUCAUCGUCUCGCCUCACCCUUUGUACUCUCCUUACGCUCUGCUCGUCAUCGUCUCGCCUCCCCCUUUGUACUCUCCUUACGCUCUGCUCGUCAUCGUCUCGCCUCACCCUUUGUACUCUCCUUACGCUCUGCUCGUCAUCGUCUCGCCUCACCCUUUGUACUCUCCUUACGCUCUGCUCGUCAUCGUCUCGCCUCCCCCUUUGUACUCUCCUUACGCUCUGCUCGUCAUCGUCUCGCCUCACCCUUUGUACUCUCCUUACGCUCUGCUCGUCAUCGUCUCGCCUCCCCCUUUGUACUCUCCUUACGCUCUGCUCGUCAUCGUCUCGCCUCACCCUUUGUACUCUCCUUACGCUCUGCUCGUCAUCGUCUCGCCUCACCCUUUGUACUCUCCUUACGCUCUGCUCGUCAUCGUCUCGCCUCACCCUUUGUACUCUCCUUACGCUCUGCUCGUCAUCGUCUCGCCUCCCCCUUUGUACUCUCCUUACGCUCUGCUCGUCAUCGUCUCGCCUCCCCCUUUGUACUCUCCUUACGCUCUGCUCGUCAUCGUCUCGCCUCCCCCUUUGUACUCUCCUUACGCUCCGCUCGUCAUCGUCUCGCCUCACCCUUUGUACUCUCCUUACGCUCUGCUCGUCAUCGUCUCGCCUCACCCUUUGUACUCUCCUUACGCUCUGCUCGUCAUCGUCUCGCCUCCCCCUUUGUACUCUCCUUACGCUCUGCUCGUCAUCGUCUCGCCUCACCCUUUGUACUCUCCUUACGCUCUGCUCGUCAUCGUCUCGCCUCCCCCUUUGUACUCUCCUUACGCUCUGCUCGUCAUCGUCUCGCCUCACCCUUUGUACUCUCCUUACGCUCUGCUCGUCAUCGUCUCGCCUCCCCCUUUGUACUCUCCUUACGCUCUGCUCGUCAUCGUCUCGCCUCCCCCUUUGUACUCUCCUUACGCUCUGCUCGUCAUCGUCUCGCCUCCCCCUUUGUACUCUCCUUACGCUCUGCUCGUCAUCGUCUCGCCUCACCCUUUGUACUCUCCUUACGCUCUGCUCGUCAUCGUCUCGCCUCCCCCUUUGUACUCUCCUUACGCUCUGCUCGUCAUCGUCUCGCCUCCCCCUUUGUACUCUCCUUACGCUCUGCUCGUCAUCGUCUCGCCUCCCCCUUUGUACUCUCCUUACGCUCUGCUCGUCAUCGUCUCGCCUCACCCUUUGUACUCUCCUUACGCUCUGCUCGUCAUCGUCUCGCCUCACCCUUUGUACUCUCCUUACGCUCUGCUCGUCAUCGUCUCGCCUCCCCCUUUGUACUCUCCUUACGCUCUGCUCGUCAUCGUCUCGCCUCACCCUUUGUACUCUCCUUACGCUCUGCUCGUCAUCGUCUCGCCUCCCCCUUUGUACUCUCCUUACGCUCUGCUCGUCAUCGUCUCGCCUCACCCUUUGUACUCUCCUUACGCUCUGCUCGUCAUCGUCUCGCCUCCCCCUUUGUACUCUCCUUACGCUCUGCUCGUCAUCGUCUCGCCUCCCCCUUUGUACUCUCCUUACGCUCUGCUCGUCAUCGUCUCGCCUCCCCCUUUGUACUCUCCUUACGCUCUGCUCGUCAUCGUCUCGCCUCACCCUUUGUACUCUCCUUACGCUCUGCUCGUCAUCGUCUCGCCUCCCCCUUUGUACUCUCCUUACGCUCUGCUCGUCAUCGUCUCGCCUCCCCCUUUGUACUCUCCUUACGCUCUGCUCGUCAUCGUCUCGCCUCCCCCUUUGUACUCUCCUUACGCUCUGCUCGUCAUCGUCUCGCCUCACCCUUUGUACUCUCCUUACGCUCUGCUCGUCAUCGUCUCGCCUCACCCUUUGUACUCUCCUUACGCUCUGCUCGUCAUCGUCUCGCCUCCCCCUUUGUACUCUCCUUACGCUCUGCUCGUCAUCGUCUCGCCUCCCCCUUUGUACUCUCCUUACGCUCUGCUCGUCAUCGUCUCGCCUCACCCUUUGUACUCUCCUUACGCUCUGCUCGUCAUCGUCUCGCCUCCCCCUUUGUACUCUCCUUACGCUCUGCUCGUCAUCGUCUCGCCUCACCCUUUGUACUCUCCUUACGCUCUGCUCGUCAUCGUCUCGCCUCACCCUUUGUACUCUCCUUACGCUCUGCUCGUCAUCGUCUCGCCUCACCCUUUGUACUCUCCUUACGCUCUGCUCGUCAUCGUCUCGCCUCCCCCUUUGUACUCUCCUUACGCUCUGCUCGUCAUCGUCUCGCCUCACCCUUUGUACUCUCCUUACGCUCUGCUCGUCAUCGUCUCGCCUCCCCCUUUGUACUCUCCUUACGCUCUGCUCGUCAUCGUCUCGCCUCACCCUUUGUACUCUCCUUACGCUCUGCUCGUCAUCGUCUCGCCUCACCCUUUGUACUCUCCUUACGCUCUGCUCGUCAUCGUCUCGCCUCCCCCUUUGUACUCUCCUUACGCUCUGCUCGUCAUCGUCUCGCCUCACCCUUUGUACUCUCCUUACGCUCUGCUCGUCAUCGUCUCGCCUCCCCCUUUGUACUCUCCUUACGCUCUGCUCGUCAUCGUCUCGCCUCACCCUUUGUACUCUCCUUACGCUCUGCUCGUCAUCGUCUCGCCUCCCCCUUUGUACUCUCCUUACGCUCUGCUCGUCAUCGUCUCGCCUCACCCUUUGUACUCUCCUUACGCUCUGCUCGUCAUCGUCUCGCCUCCCCCUUUGUACUCUCCUUACGCUCUGCUCGUCAUCGUCUCGCCUCCCCCUUUGUACUCUCCUUACGCUCUGCUCGUCAUCGUCUCGCCUCACCCUUUGUACUCUCCUUACGCUCUGCUCGUCAUCGUCUCGCCUCACCCUUUGUACUCUCCUUACGCUCUGCUCGUCAUCGUCUCGCCUCCCCCUUUGUACUCUCCUUACGCUCUGCUCGUCAUCGUCUCGCCUCCCCCUUUGUACUCUCCUUACGCUCUGCUCGUCAUCGUCUCGCCUCACCCUUUGUACUCUCCUUACGCUCUGCUCGUCAUCGUCUCGCCUCCCCCUUUGUACUCUCCUUACGCUCUGCUCGUCAUCGUCUCGCCUCACCCUUUGUACUCUCCUUACGCUCUGCUCGUCAUCGUCUCGCCUCACCCUUUGUACUCUCCUUACGCUCUGCUCGUCAUCGUCUCGCCUCACCCUUUGUACUCUCCUUACGCUCUGCUCGUCAUCGUCUCGCCUCCCCCUUUGUACUCUCCUUACGCUCUGCUCGUCAUCGUCUCGCCUCCCCCUUUGUACUCUCCUUACGCUCUGCUCGUCAUCGUCUCGCCUCCCCCUUUGUACUCUCCUUACGCUCUGCUCGUCAUCGUCUCGCCUCACCCUUUGUACUCUCCUUACCCACCCCCACUACCUGCUGA